UUCCGGUCUAGGAUCUAGCAAAGGUGAAAGUAAAAUGUGGUGUCGAUCACAGCUUCUAUAUAUAUUUAUUUUGUGUCUGCAGAUAUUACAGGCGACAAGAACAAUAGCUCAAGAAUCAAACAGAUUAAACAGUAGUAACAAUGGUGCGAGUGGAAAGAGCUACGUUGUUAUAAACGAGCAUCCGCGUAGUUUUUUUGGAGCAUGGCGUUUUUGUAUGGUACUCGGUAUGAAACUAGCCACGAUUACAUCCGUAGAAGAUAGCAAACUGAUUGACGCAGCCAUUCAACGAUCAAGUAAUACCAAAGGGCCAUGGUGGAUUGCGGGUACGGAUCUCGGUUUGGAAGGAUUUUUCGUAUGGAUUUCUACCAACAAAUUAGUUGGUCACCCCACAGGAUACUUAAACUAUUCUCCAGGACAACCGGAUAAUGCAGGCGGCAAUGAACACUGCCUUGAGAUUGGUCGAUGGGGUGGCGUAGCUUGGAAUGAUGCACAGUGUGAAUGGUCGCAAAGGUUCAUCUGUGAGUUACAGGCGUAGCUAAAGUAGAGCCAUUUAAUUAAAUUAAAAAAACUAGAAAUGUUUUGAACAUCUUAGCAUUCUGGCAACGAACUGUGAUGAGGUAUAAAAAACAGUUUAAUUGCAUAAAUCAUUCCCUCUUCAUGCCGUACAGUUCGUUAUCAUUACGGUUAUAGAUUGAGUGUAAAAUAAGAA